ACCGGGACCGGAGUUGUCGAACAGAGGAUUAGAAAGAUUGAACAGGUUGAGAAGUUGAUUGAAUGGGUUGGACAGAUUGAACAGGCUGAAGUAAAGAUUGAAAUUGCUAAACAGGCAGCAGUUGAACAGGCUGGGGUGAAGAUUAAGGUUGUUAAAUGGGCUAGGUUGAUGAUUGAGGUUGUUGAACAGGCUGGGGUGAAGAUUGAAAUUGUUAAACGGGGUAGGUUGAUUGAGGUUGUUAGACAGAACGAGUGA